GCAAUUGCUUGUAAGAUCCACCCAACCUUUUUUUUUUUUUUCUUAAAGCCACAAUCCCUUCUGUGCAGGAGGUUCCCACUUGUAUUACUGCCUCCUGCAGAGGAGCAGUCGCAGCCUGGAGCUCUCUGCAGCUGAAGUCACUUACAGCCUUCCUCUGCACACAGUCAGCGCUCUGCAACCAUGCUCAGGGUCUUGGUGGAGUCAGCUUCUAAUGUUCCUAAAACCAAGCUUGGGAAGCCGGAUCCUAUAGCGACCAUCACCUUCAGAGGAGAGAAAAAGAAAACAAAAUCCAUCGACAAUGAACUUAACCCAGUAUGGAAGGAGCUUCUUGAGUUUGACCUGAAGGGACUACCCCUCGACUUCUCCUCAUCAUUGGACAUCACUGUGAAGGAUUUUGAAACAAUCGGAAAAGACAAGUUGAUUGGCAACACAACUAUAUCACUGAAGGAACUUGUUGGAGGAGCAGGUCGUUCCCUUCCCUUUAAAGGCUUGGCUCUGAUGACUGACAAGGGGCAGCCCACUGGGGCCACUAUUGAUUUAAUAGUCUCCUAUGAACCUCCGGCAUCCAACAGCAAUCCAAAUGACCCAGGAGGGACAAAUGUGCCAACAGAUGCAGAUAAUGAAGAUGAAGAAGAUGGAGAUGUUGUUGAUUCAGGAUUUAACCCAUACAUGCCUGGGGUUCCUGGUCAGACCGAAAAUCAAAUUUCCAGACGUCUAACAAAAGGAAAGAAAACCAGGAGGAUCCUGUCCAACAAAGUUCAAGAUUUCCAAAUCAGGAUUCGAGUGAUUGAAGGGCGGCAGUUGACUGGGAACAAUAUAAAACCUGUGGUGAAGGUCAGCGUAGCCGGACAGACCCACAGAACAAGAAUCAAAAGAGGAAACAACCCCUACUUUGAUGAGCUUUUUUUCUACAAUGUGAACAUGACCCCAUCAGAGCUGUUUGAUGAAUCGGUAAUACUGCGGUUGUUCAAUUCCGGCUCGAUAAGAGCUGACAGCAUGAUCGGAGAAUUUAAGCUUGAUAUCGGCUUUAUAUACGAUGAACCCAGUCAUGCUGUUAUGCGAAAAUGGGUUCUCCUUCAUGAUCCUGAAGACUUGAGCUCUGGAGCCAAAGGAUACCUAAAAGUCAGCAUGCUUGUUAUAGGCACUGGAGAUGAGCCCCCUAUGGAGAAAAGAGAAAAAGAUAAUGAAGCUGAUGAUAUUGAAAGCAAUCUCCUCCUUCCUACUGGAGUGGCACUGAGAUGGGUGACCUUCUUACUUAAGAUCUACAGAGCUGAGGACAUCCCACAGAUGGAUGAUGCAUUUGCGCAGUCAGUUAAGGAACUUUUUGGCGCAGACUCGGAUAGGAAAAAUUUAGUUGACCCAUUUGUGGAAGUGGGCUUUGCUGGGAAGAAGGUCUGUACAAAAACAAUUGAAAAAAAUGCUAAUCCAGAAUGGAACCAGGCGGUCAAUCUUCAGAUCAAGUUUCCGUCUAUGUGUGAGAACAUAAGGCUCACUGUAUUUGACUGGGACAGACUUACCAAGAAUGAUGCAAUUGGAUCAACUAUUCUGAGUUUGUCUAAAAUCGCUGCAUCAGGUGGUGAUAUUGAAGACAGUGAGACUACGGGAGUUGGGUCUACAGCACUGGAAGGUGUAUACCGUGGAGGUAGUGACAAGGAGGUUGGAUUCCUACCCACUUUUGGACCUUGUUACCUUAAUCUGUAUGGAAGCCCGAGAGAAUUCACUGGAUUUCCUGACCCAUAUGAUGAUCUCAACUUGGGAAAGGGAGAAGGGGUUGCUUACCGGGGAAGAGUCCUUGUAGAACUGAUAACCAAACUUGACGGCACACCUGGUAAGAAGAUUGAGGAUAUCCCAAGUGACGAUUUACUAGUGGUAGAGAAAUACCAGCGCAGGAGGAAGUUCUGCUUGUCCGCCGUCUUCCAUUCAGCCACCAUGUUGCAGGACAUAGGUGAAGCCAUACAGUUUGAAGUCAGCAUCGGCAAUUACGGCAAUAAAUUUGACAGCACUUGUAAACCUCUUGCAUCAACGACUCAGUACAGCCGUGCAGUGUUCGAUGGUAACCUCUACUACUACCUCCCAUGGUCAUCCACUAAACCUGUGGUAACACUAACUUCCUACUGGGAAGACAUUUGUCAUCGAUAUGAUAUUGUCAAUAUCUUGCAGGCAAUGACAGAAAGGCUGCAUUCCAACAUCUCUGCACUAAAAUCGGCAAUACAUGCAAAGGUUCCUGAUGCGAGGCUGGCAGAAAUAUGGCUGACGUUGAUUGAUCAGCUAAUUGAAGACACAAUGAGACCGCUACCUUCUUUGGAUGGAAAGUCCCAUGUCACAAUGCUUGACAUGCAGCUUGUUAAACUCAGACAGACUUCCCUCAAGCUGAUUGGGGAGGCAGCCAUGCGGAUGAGGGAAGAAGCGACUGAUGUAAAGUCCACACUGACAGAUCUAGAGGACUGGCUAGAAAAACUGCAACAAAUUUCUGAAGAGCCUCAGAACAGUAUGCCUGAUGUGAUUAUCUGGAUGAUUAGAGCUGAGAAAAGACUGGCAUAUGCCCGCAUCCCUGCCCACCAAGUUCUCUUCUCAUCCACUAGUGAAGAAGCCUGCGGUAAAUACUGUGGGAAGACUCAGACAAUCUUCUUGCAGUACCCAAUGGAUAAAAAUAAAGGUACAAAGAUUCCAGUUCAGUUAAGAGUCAACAUAUGGCUGGGGCUGUCUGCAGUGGAGAAGAAAUUUAACAGCUAUGCAGAAGGGACCUUCAGUGUGUACGCCGAGAUGUAUGAAAACCAAGCGAUGAUGUUCGGGAAAUGGGGCACCACAGGUCUGCUGAACCGUCCCAAGUUCUCUGAUGUCACAGGAUCAAUCAAACUGAAAAGGGAGAGCUUCCUCCCACCUAAGGGCUGGCAGUGGGAAGGAGACUGGAUUGUGGAUCCUGAGCGGAGUUUACUGACUGAAGCAGACGCUGGUCACAGUGAAUUUACUGAUGAAGUCUUUCAGAAUGAGAGCCGAUACCCUGGUGGUGACUGGAAACAAUCUGAUGAUACAUACACUGAUGUGAAUGGAGAGAAAAGCCGUUCUCCCAUGGAGUUUGAAUGCCCAUAUGGUUGGGUAUGGGAAGACGAUGCCUGGAUCUAUGACAUUAAUAGGGCUGUGGAUGAGAAGGGGUGGGAAUAUGGAAUCACGAUUCCUCCAGAUAAUAAACCCAAAUCCUGGGUGGCUGCUGAGAAAAUGUACCACACUUACCGCCGCCGGAGACUAGUGAGGAAGAGGAGGAAGGACCUGACCGUCACCGCUGCUGCUAAAAUGGCAACCCUUUCCCAAGAUGAACGCGAAGGCUGGGAAUACGCCUCCCUCAUAGGCUGGAAAUUUCACUUGAAACAACGCAGCUCUGACACCUUCCGUCGCAGGCGCUGGAGAAGAAAAAUGGCCCCCGCUGACAGUAUCGGAGCUUGUGCCAUCUACAAACUUGAGGGAGCCCUUGGCGCUGAUCUUAGUCAAGAUGAAGAAGAGAGGAAGACUUCUGAGAAGGGGAAGGAGUCUGCCCUCAAUGUCUUUGGGGCAAACACACCCAUUGUGUCUUGCGCCUUUGCUGAAGUCCACAGUUACCAUCUUCGUUGCUACCUGUAUCAAGCUCGGAAUCUCACACCCAUGGAUAAAGACAGCUUCUCUGACCCCUAUGCACAUGUAUCAUUCCUUCACCGCAGUAAAACCACUGAGACAAUGCAUUUUACCCUGAACCCAACGUGGGACCAAACUCUAAUCUUCAAUGAAGUUGAUAUCUAUGGAGAUCCGCAUGCAGUAGCACAGAACCCGCCCGUUGUGGUCAUUGAAAUAUUUGACAGUGACCAAGUGGGGAAAGAUGAGUUUUUAGGCAGAAGCACAUGUUUACCUUUAGUGAAGCUGAAUCCUGGAAUCGACAUCACCCCGAAACUCAUAUGGUAUCCUGUGAUGAAGUCGGAAAAACAAUGUGGGGACAUCCUGGUGGCAGCCGAACUUAUUCUGCGUGACAAGGAUGGUUCAAACCUGCCAAUACUGCCAUCCCAGCGUGCUCCAAAACUAUACAUGGUGCCUCAGGGCAUCCGACCAGUGGUCCAGCUCACUGCCAUUGAGAUCCUCACAUGGGGAUUACGCAACAUGAAGAGUUUCCAGAUGGCAUCUAUCACUUCACCCAGUCUCAUUGUGGAGUGUGGCGGAGAAAUUGUUCAGUCUGCAGUUAUCAAGAACCUCAAGAAGACCCCCAACUUCUUAAGUUCUGUUCUCUUCAUGAAAGUGCUUAUUCCUAAAGAAGAAAUGUAUGUGCCCCCUAUCAUCAUUAAAGUGAUCGAUCAUCGGCCGUUUGGAAGGAAGCCAGUGGUGGGGCAGUGUACAAUCGACACACUAGAGCACUUCCGUUGCGAUCCAUAUGCUGCUCAAAUGGAUUAUGCUGCUGAAUCAAAAAUGGUGCUCCUGUCUUUUUCCCCUCCUCGGGAUGUGGUUAUAGAUGUGGAAGAUACCAAACCAUUGCUGGCAAAUCAGCAGCAAGACAAGUGGAAUCUCUUGAACCUCAAUAUGAGCAGUCCUGAAAAGCUUCAAGAAAAGGAAGACGAAGUUGUAGAUUGGUGGAGUAAAUAUUAUUCCUCCAUCGGAGAACCUGAAAAAUGCGGCCAGUAUUUGCAGAAAGGUUAUGAUACACUUAAGGUGUAUAACUGUGAGCUGGAGGAUGAGUUUAGCGGCCUGACAGAUUUUUGUGAAACCUUUAAGCUGUACAGAGGGAAGUCCGAAGACAGUGAUGAUCCAUCAGUAGUUGGAGAGUUUAAGGGAUCUUUCCGCGUAUACCCUCUCUCCGAUGACCCAAGUGUCCCAGCCCCUCCUCGACAAUUCCGAGAGCUGCCGGACAGCGGACCCCAGGAAUGCAUUGUUCGGAUCUACAUCAUCAGAGGUAUAGAUCUUCAACCCAAGGAUAGUAAUGGACUGUGUGAUCCAUACAUCAAAAUUACUUUAAGUAAGAAAGUAAUUGAGGAUCGGGAUAACUUCAUACCCAACACUCUAAAUCCAGUCUUCGGAAGAAUGUACGAACUGAGCUGCUUCUUACCUCAAGAGAAAGAUCUGAAGAUCUCGGUGUAUGACUAUGACGUUCUGACACGAGAUGAAAAAGUAGGAGAAACCACAAUAGACUUGGAAAACAGAUUCCUUUCACGGUUUGGAAGCCAUUGUGGGUUACCGCAGACCUACUGUGUAUCAGGGAUAAAUCAGUGGAGGGAUCAACUCAAACCUGCACAGAUCUUACAGAAUGUCGCCCGCUUAAAAGCUGUUCCUCCUCCUGUAUACUCAGAAAAUGGAACAAAAGCCACCUUUGCAGGCCGGGAGUAUUCACUGGAAAACUUUGAGGCGAACAAGAAAAUUAAUCAACACCUUGGACCUGCCAAUGAGAGACUUGCUCUGUAUAUUCUUCGAGGCCAGGGUCUCGUUCCAGAACAUGUUGAAACUCGGACAUUAUAUAGCACCUUCCAACCGAACCUUUCACAAGGUAAACUGGAAAUGUGGGUAGAUGUUUUCCCCAAAAGCUUAGGGCAGCCAGGACCUCCAUUCAACAUUGCACCACGCAAAGCUAAAAAGUACUUGCUCCGUGUAAUUGUUUGGAAUACAAAAGACGUUCUUCUUGAUGAGAAGAGUAUUACUGGAGAAGAAAUGAGUGAUAUUUACGUCAAAGGUUGGAUUCCUGGCAAUGAAGAAAAUAAGCAGAAAACAGAUGUGCACUAUCGGUCACUGGACGGUGAAGGAAACUUUAACUGGCGAUUUGUUUUCCCAUUUGAAUAUCUUCCAGCGGAGCAGCUCUGUGUUAUUUCUAAAAAGGAACAUUUCUGGAGCCUUGAUAAAACAGAAUUCAAGUUACCACCAAAACUAUUGCUUCAGAUUUGGGACAAUGACAAAUUCUCCUUGGAUGACUACUUGGGUUUUGUUGAACUCGAAUUACACCGCACAAUAAUACCAGCAAAAACCCCAGAAAAAUGCAGCUUGGAUAUGUCUGAUCUUGCCAAAUCCCCCAAGGUUGCUUCUCUUUUUGAGCAAAAGUCUAUGAGAGGAUGGUGGCCAUGCUAUUGUGAGAAGGAGGGAAAACGUAUCUUGGCAGGAAAAGUUGAGCUGACGCUGGAAGUGCUAAAUGAGAAAGAGGCAGAAGAAAGGCCAGCUGGCAAGGGACGGGAUGAACCCAACAUGAACCCCAAGUUAGACCUACCAAACCGACCAGACACCUCCUUCCUUUGGUUCACAAACCCAUGCAAGACAAUGAAAUUCAUUGUGUGGCGCAGAUUCAAAUGGUACUUCAUUGGUUUCAUCGUUUUGCUCCUGUUGCUGCUGUUCAUCUGUGUGUUCCUGUAUUCCUUGCCGGGCUAUGUUUCCAUGAAGAUUGUGAGACCAAAUGCAUAAAUAGAAACUUCAGCUGAACAAUCUUGAGAUCAGUGUUGGGCCCCAGUGCUGGCCUGGAUCCUGGAAGACCACCUUAAUAGACGUAACCUUGUUCACUUGUCUGUUAAAUAUAAUAAAUGAAUGAGACCUAAAACUAAGGUUAGCGAAGGUUCAUGGGGUCAUGACUUGUGUUUAAAAGUCUAUAUUUUUUUUUAAGUAAAUCCUUUUCACAAGUCCACCUCAGGUGUGGGUUCAUGAUCCUUGUACUCUCUGCUUUUCCCUCAACGUCCCAUGUAUCAAUCCAUUUAAUUUUUACUAAGAAGCUGGGCAGUGAAAGGGCAGGAUGUUCUCGCAGACUACAAUACUAUUUUAUGGAAAGUGUAAAGUGCAAUAAUAAAUAUUAGAAAUGUACAUGUAUAGAGGUCAAAUACAAAGCACUAUUUGUGUACUUUUUAUAUGUGUGUUUUUUUCAAUUGUAAUAAACUGCUGUUCACACUAAAUAAAUAUCACUAUUUUCCACA